AUUGCUGCCUUCGUUCAUAUAUGAUAGUCGAACCUGCUAUCAUGUUCAACUCUCAGAAUGCAAGUGGUUCAUAGGUUCGUUUUAUGAUUUAUAGGUGAAUGAUCGGUUGUUUGGGUUGGUUAUAAAUAAGUGCUGUAAGUUGGGUUCAAAUUGAAUGCAAUAAAGGCUAACUAUCUAGAAAAUUACGCUUGCAUCUGAGAUAUACAGAGCUGAUAUGGUUGGCGCUAGGUAGAACUUGUUAUCGGGAUUUUACUGGUCGUGCUACAUUUAUGUAACUAUUCCUUUUGCAAUAUACUAACCCCCCAGACAAAUGCAAAAAAAUUUGCAGCAAAACUAGGUGGAGUGACUGUAAAUUAUUGGGCUGGCAGUAACUGCAAGUACGCAAUAAACAGUACCUCGAUUUGUUAUCAUUUUGCAACCUUUUGGAAACUAUUGCUUGGAUCUCAUUAUAAUGUUUAAAUUACUUUCAUUAGUUUGGGACUGGAAUAUUCUCUAGCAUCCUGCUGGAGAGAUUUGUUGAACUCUGGUAAAUGAUCAAUGUUCGCCUAAAUGCGUUUAGACGCGCGUUUAAAUGCUAAACUGCGGGUCUGCAUGCAGUUUAGGGCCUAAACGCUGAGUUAAACGCUAGACACCAUUAGACGGUCAACACUGGUCAAAACCGGUUUAAACAGAGUUAUUAAACAUGAGCUGAACGUAUUUAAAUGGCUGCGCACGCGUCUAGUUGGCCGUUUAGGUGAUGGAGUUUUUGGCGCGAUUGAGCGGGAGGGGUAAUUUCGGUCCCGCCUAAGCCGCGCCGCCCGUGCGAUCUUUGUAGCCUUGUAGGCAAUUCAAAUUGUUAUGAUAAUUAUUGGAUUGAUUGGAGAACACGAUAGAAGAUUGAUUGAAGUAAUGAAGCUGCAUUUCAGCCUCUAUAAGAAAGUUAGAAGCCAAGCAGAUGAUGCAAAAGCAGAAGGAAACAAGCAUUUUGGUGCUGGACAAUAUGAAGAAGCAUUAUCACAAUAUGAAAUGGUGCUGCAAAUUGCUGCUGAGCUGGAAUCUGCUGAAGAUAUACGUUCUGCAUGCCAUUCAAAUCGUGCUGUAUGCUUCUUGAAAUUGGGGAAACAUGAUGAGACAAUUAAAGAAUGCACAAAAGCUCUUGAGCUGAAUCCGUCGUACUUGAAAGCCUUGCUCCGGAGGGCAGAAGCACAUGAAAAGCUCGAACACUAUGAUGAAGCUAUUGCUGAUAUGAAAAAGGUUAUUGAGUUAGAUCCUUCAAAUCAACAAGCCAAGAGAUCACUGUUCCGACUUGAGCCCCUGGCAGCUGAGAAAAGGGAAAAGAUGAAGGAAGAAAUGAUUGGAAAGCUGAAAGAUUUAGGGAACUCUGUGCUGGGGCGCUUCGGAAUGAGUGUUGACAAUUUCAAAGCUGUCAAAGAUCCAAACACAGGUUCAUACUCCAUUUCGUUCCAGAAGUAAAGUUACUCAAGGUGAAGAAAUACACGGAUGGAUAUGGCUGGGCACCAUAUUUCAGUUAUGGACUCACUGAAAGACAUGGUAAUUGUUCAAGGCGCUUAUGUAUCACAUACCUGGUCCAUAUUCAAAUAUAGUGCUGCCAAUCGUUCCGAAGGCGUAGCAUGGAUAUGAGCAAUCCGGGAUUAUUUCGUCUGUACUUGUUGCACGUCAGAGAUGAUUUCCCAAAGGUGCAAACUUGUAUGAUACAUAUUUUCAACUCCGGUAUUUUUCUAAAAUAGAAGGUUGUUCUUGAUCGCU